UAUAUCACCAGCGAACCAUUUUUUUUUACAACAUGGAGGGUCUUGUUUCCAACUGGUCUAGUACUGCUCGGACGUUACCGAAAUCUUACAUUUUCCCGCCGGAAAAAAGACCCGGUCAGCUCAAUUUCCCGCUGGACAAGACAAUUCCGGUGAUUGAUCUUUCAAAUUACGAUCACGAUCCAACUUCUACCAUUGAGCAAAUCUUGAAAGCUGGUCAAGAGUAUGGAAUUUUUCAGGUGAUAAACCAUGGAGUUUCGAAAGAGUUAGUGGAUGAGACAAUGAAAGUUUUUGAGGAGUUUCAUGCGAUGCCUGCAAAAGACAAAGCAAGAGAAUGUUCCAAGGAUCCGAACAAGAUAUCAUGUAGGCUCUACACAAGCAGCGAAAACUUCCCAACUGAAGAGCUUCAUUAUUGGAGAGAUGCAUUGGUACACCCUUGUCAUCCUCUAGAUGAACACAUGCAGUUUUGGCCACAAAAUCCCAUUCGGUACAGAGAGAUUGUUGGAAAAUAUACAGUGGAAGUAAGGAAGUUGGCUAACAAGAUUUUGGAGUUGAUAAUCCAAGGAUUAGGGUUAAGUCCCGGGUAUUUCAGCGGCGAGCUUAGUGAAAACCCAGUUGUAUUAGUUAAUCACUACCCACCUUGUCCAGAGCCAAGUUUAACCUUGGGAUUAGCAAAACACAGCGACCCUAGCCUUAUCACCAUUCUUCUUCAAGGGAAUGUGCCUGGCCUUCAAGUUUCCAAGGAUGGACAAUGGGUUGUUGUCGAGCCUCUUCCCCAUGCAUUUAUCGUUAACAUUGGCUAUAUUUUACAGGUCAUUUCAAACGGAAAGCUGAAAGGUGUAGAACAUCGAGUGGUGACGAAUUCAAGCGUUCCUCGAACGACGGCAUCAUUGUUUAUUUACCCUUCAAACGACAGUCUUAUAAAGCCAGCAGCGACUUUAGCGGAUGCCUCCAAUAAUCCGCCUCUCUAUCGAGCCUUUCAAUACAAAGAUUUCCGUAGCUACUAUGUAUCUAAUAGAGCCGAUGCUAAAAAAGUACAUGAGUUUGUGGACAGGUACAACUCGUGAUCUUUUUAAUUGUACCCCCAAGAAAUAAAACCAAGAUCACGUAGCAUCAUUAAUAACGAAACGUUUCGUUUCGGUUGUUUAGGUUUUUAUAUAACUCUUCAUGUAUAGUACGUUAGGAUACGUCUAUUAAUAUAUCUAUGCAAUAUUUUAAAG